AUUUUAUUUCAAUCUCGAUCGCGGGAUUUGCCGUGGCCUAAUGCGCAACUUACAUCCAACUUACAUCCUCUUGCAAGGGGUUGUCCUCUUCCUGCUCUUCCCGCUCUUCCUGCUCCUCCUUCCUCCUCGAUUCCACUGAUACCUGCACUCGCGAUGGCGGUCACGAUGCUCAUUCAGUAUAGAGCGGACAAGGCUCGUCUGUUCAAUAUAUACCAAGAGGACGCGGAACGGUACCUAGCGGGCUUCCUUGGAGACGACUGCGGACGAUUUGUCCUGUGCAAUUGGGACGCGGCGGAUGGCAGCUCGUUGCACCGGCAGCUCAUCGCUGCCUUCCAAGACAUUCGCAGAUCCACGAGGUCGUUUCCGGAUCUGUUCAUCGGAUCGCGGACGGCCCCCACCGCGCCCAAGUCGACGCUCCUCGCGAGACAUGCGAGUUCGCCGCUGGCGCGACCAAUGGCACCGUCACACCAGUACCACACAAAUCACUUCGUUUCCAGGUUCCACGGCGAGGCUGACAGCUCCACAGAUGAACGUUCCGCCGCUCCCAAGGAAACACCUUCGUCGACAGGCCUGCGUCCGGGUACCGCAGCGUUCAGUGCCCCAGCAUCCGGCGUGGGGUUCGCAGCUGCGGCCACCGCUAACGGGACAACGUCCGCACGGCCACAAGGCUUCGUAGUCCCCAAGGUCGAGGAGGAGAGCCACGACGCUAUCCUGCACAGCAGUCCUCCAGCCCUGAAGCGACCGUCGCAGGAGUCUCCUCGACGCGGCCUCUUCCCUCCUCCCAGCGCCUCGUACGCGUUUGCGAAGAGCUCCCGCUCAAGUCCGUCGCCCUCGCGCGCGAGCCACGGGUCCUCUGCGUCGUCGAUGUUCUCGGCCAGGAGCUCGGCGACGAGCAUGUCCAGCAUCAGCACGACGGCGUCGGACGUGGGUACGCUGAUGCGCGAGGUGUGGGACGUGCGUCGGGAGAUGGCGGCGCUGCGUGCGCGGGAAGCGGCGCUGGUGCCUCUGCGUGCGCGGGAGCGGCCAUGGACGUCUGAGGGACGUUCGGAGGGGAAGGAUGAGGUGGAAGCACUCCGUGCAGAGCUGAGGGCGGAGACCGAUGCACGGCGCGUGGCAGAGGCGUCGCUGUAUGCAGAGCGGCGGCAGCGGGAGUUCGCAGAGCGCGUCGUGGCAGAUGCGCGGCGGGAGUGCGCGACGCCGUUCGUCGUCCCUGCGCUUAUGGAUGCGCUCAUCCAGAUAGCGGAGCUCAGUGACAGUGCACUUUUCGGGGCCAGUGUAGUAGGUAACGUCGUCGCUAAAACAAUGCAAUGAGGAUGAUUCACGAGUAAUGAUGGUUGAUUGAGAUGAAAUUAUGCAGCAUCCAUACAGGUGGAAAGCGCGA